CCAAUGUUACCAGAUGUAACAACAUUUCUAGCGGGCAGUGACGAAGUUUCUCGCUUUAGUUGCGUUUAGCGAUGAAUGGCGUUUCGAAAUCGAGGCUUCGUUCUGAACAGUCAGAACCCGCCCGACCUGAAGAGUCAAAUCAAACAGCGAUGGAAGCAGAGAUCAAUGAAGAAAUGUCGUUCCUGAAGGAGCCUUGCCUGUCCUCUGGAACCAGUCUGUACGACCACCUGUUCGAGGUGGUGCACUUCGCGCUGGCCAACAGGGCCAGCAGCGCGAUGAUCGCCUUCGAGGAGACCAGUCGGAUGCUGCAGGAGAGACGCCACUUCUGCUCCAACGCCAGGACCCGCUCAGCGAACAAUGCCAACAGCGACACCUUUCAUUUCGCUCUGAAAGUGUGCCAGUCGCUGAAGCAUAAUGACGAAGGUGUGCGCUCGCUGGACAUGUCGGAGGAGGACGCGUGCGGCGACGGCGGCGACAUCCUGGACGUGCUGCAGGUGACGGCGCGGUGCGGCGUCGCCGUGCCCCAGGACGAGGCCUUCGCCGUGGCCCUGGCCAUCAAGGACCUGGCCAGCAACAGAGCCCUCACACGCAUCAGGUUCUGGGGCAAGGUGCUGGCCCGGCGGCGGGACUACGUGCUGGCCGAGGCCGAGCUGACGGACGACGAGCUGGACCGGCGCGUGGACAUCCGCGGCCCCGCCGAGCAGGCCGAGCUGGAGGACCCGCUGAACCGCAAGCACGAGGCCGCGUCGCGUCGCGUCGCGUCGCCCCGAACAUGA